UGCAACGAAGCAUUCGGCUGAUCUGACGGCCAUGUCGAGCUCUUCAGAUUCCAGCUCCUCCUCAUCGGAGGAGGAGAAGAAAAAGAAGAAGAAGGACAAGAAGAAGGACAAAAAGAAAAGCAAAAAAAAGGAAAAGAAGAAAGGCAAGAAAAAGGACAAGAAGAAGAAGGAGAAAAAGGAAAAGGACCCCUAUUCCAAGAACGCCCAAGAGAAGGCGCGCUUGGAAGCACAACAGCGGCUCAUGGGCAUUGACACCAACAAGAAGCCGAAAAAGAAAACAAGAAAGAAGAAGUCGAGCUCCAGCGAAAGCUCGGAGGAGAAACUGCGAAAGCUGCAGGACCGCAUCGAAGACCAGACGCUUCAAAGAGAGGCGGCAAUGGCAGAGGAGGCGGAAAAGAAUGCCGAGCCCAUCCCCGAGAAGUCUUGGGAGGAGAUGACCUGGCCAGAGCGCGCGGCCCUUGCCGGCCAGAAGGCCGAAGCGGAGGCGAUUUGGCUAGGCGCUACAAAGGCGCAGGCGCGGGGCGCCGGGGGCAAGGCCAGCGAGCAGAUCUUGAUGCUGGCCGCUGAGGACGGCGUCGUCGUUGAUGGGGCCAUGAAGCCGCGUGCGCGCUUCAACGCGGCAACUGGCGCUGUCAGCCGCGGCUGAGGCUGAGCAGUUGCGAUCGGCCCGCUGGCCGUAGAUGGGAUGAUCAUCCCUCUGAAUUCGGAGGCUCUCCAGCCUCCAAGUGGUGAAUGUGUUCUUUUGUUUUGGUCAGGUGAUACCAUGAAAUUGACAGACACAAGCGGAAAUGCAUUUGAACGCUCGGAUGUGGACUGCCGUGUCACAAGAUGAGUCCCCGCCAUGCAUGUGCGAAGUGGAAGCUAUGUCCAUUUAGAUUUAGAGCAGUGGGGGAAUGCCCAGAUGCUGCCAACGACAGCCGAGCUGAUCAGUUCCAUUGGCCAGAGA